UCACUUCACACUGUCCGCCAUGUUUAGUGGUGUUUGACUCCCUGUGUUGCUUGUUUUUUCUGUGUGUGAAAAAUGUUGGAAAAUAGGGGUGAAAAGUGAGUGAAAGUGCCAAUAUUUCCUUAAAUCUGUGAUCCCUGGACACCUGAGUGUCAGUGUCGAUGCCAAGGGGUGUGUGAAUGCGAAUUGAAAAGGGUGAAAAAGUGCAGUUUCCCAGCGACUGUACAAAGUGCAAGAAGGGGGCAACUCCUGCCCAAGAUUCCACGGAUUUUCCAGAGUCUCUGGGGGGGCCAUUUGGUGUGGUGUGUGCGUGAUUUGGUGAGUGCGUGAAUUGGCAACCACGGAGCCACCAUGGGCAAUUGCUUCAGCAGUCCCAAGAGGAAGCUGUCGAAGGACAUUGGGGACGUCGUGAUCAUCGGGGAUCCGCCAAUACAGGCAAAUCCACCUCCGGUCGUGGCUCCCGGGGACGCCAUCAGGGCAAUACCACCACCACUUCCGGACACAGAGCCCAGCACUUCAAAUGCCAAAAUUUUUGUUGCUCUGUAUGACUACGAUGCCCGUACGGACGAGGAUCUGAGCUUCCGGAAGGGCGAGCACCUCGAGAUACUCAAUGACACCCAGGGCGACUGGUGGCUAGCACGCAGCAAAAAGACAAGACAGGAAGGAUAUAUUCCCUCAAAUUAUGUUGCAAAACUCAAAUCAAUUGAAGCUGAACCAUGGUAUUUUAGAAAAAUAAAACGCAUAGAAGCUGAGAAGAAACUACUACUUCCCGAAAAUGAACACGGAGCUUUUCUCAUACGUGAUUCAGAGAGUCGCCAAAAUGACUAUUCACUGUCUGUUCGAGAUGGAGACACAGUGAAACACUAUCGAAUCCGUCAAUUGGAUGAAGGUGGCUUCUUCAUUGCACGACGCACAACUUUCCGAACACUUCAGGAGUUAGUGGAGCACUAUUCAAAGGAUUCAGAUGGAUUGUGUGUAAAUUUGUGUAAACCCUGUGUACAGAUUGAGAAACCUGUGACUGAGGGUCUAUCGCAUCGGACACGAGAUCAAUGGGAGAUCGAUAGGAGCUCUCUGAAAUUUGUUCGUAAGUUGGGUUCUGGACAGUUUGGUGAUGUUUGGGAGGGACUGUGGAACAAUACAACUCCCGUGGCAAUUAAGACUCUCAAGUCUGGCACAAUGGAUCCCAAGGACUUCCUGGCGGAGGCGCAAAUAAUGAAGAAAUUGCGUCACGGAAAGUUGAUUCAGUUGUAUGCAGUGUGCACAAUGGAGGAGCCCAUCUACAUCAUCACGGAGUUGAUGAAGCACGGCUCUCUGCUUGAGUAUUUGCAGAAUAAAGGGCGCAACCUUAAGUUGCCUCAGCUCAUUGAUAUGGCGGGACAAAUUGCCGCUGGUAUGGCCUACCUCGAGUCCCAGAACUACAUCCAUCGCGAUCUAGCGGCCAGGAAUGUCUUGGUAGCUGAUAAUAAUAUAGUUAAAAUUGCCGAUUUUGGAUUAGCAAGAUUAAUAAAAGAGAAUGAGUAUGAGGCAAAGGUUGGAGCUCGUUUUCCAAUUAAAUGGACUGCACCUGAAGCUGCCAAUUACAGUAAAUUUUCCAUUAAAUCUGAUGUGUGGAGUUUUGGAAUUCUUCUGACAGAGUUGGUGACUUAUGGCAGAAUUCCAUAUCCAGGCAUGACAAACGCAGAAGUAUUAAGCCAAGUGGAGCAUGGCUAUAGGAUGCCGAUGCCGCCUAAUUGCAUCAAGCCCCUGUAUGAGAUUAUGCUCGAGUGCUGGCACAAGGAUCCCAUGCGGCGUCCCACCUUUGAGACACUUCAGUGGAAGCUCGAGGACUUUUUCACGAUGGACCAAAGCGAAUACAAAGAGGCUCAGGCCUAUUGAACAUGACGUCCUGGGGAUCCAGCAACUGCCUUCCUUGUAUUCUUCUUCUUCUUCCUCUGUCUCGUUGGUCAAGCGCUUUCCAUUCCCGUUGUUGGGUAUAUACACACAAAACACACACAUUUAUCCCUCUUAUCUAUUUUUCCUUUUGCACACAAAUGCGACACAAUGGUCAAAGAUUUUGGAGCUCCUUUCUCGCUGGAUUUUUCUGUAUUUAUUUGCUAAUUCAGUAGGUUAAUCUCGAGAAAAAGAGGACAGAGUAGUGAGAAGGAGGGGGGUAGUAUGAGAUGAUAAAAUUGUGAACAGCAAAAAAAAAUGUGACAGGAUCAUUCUCUGUUUAAGGAUCUUUUUUUUUUACUUCGAAGCGCGCUCUCAGACAGGGCUGUAAGCGUAUUUUCCAAUUUUUUUUAGCAUUAUUACUUUCACAACAAGAUGAAAAUAUAUACAGUAACUAUAUAGAGAGAUUUACAAUUUACUAUAUACAUAAUUAUUAUUGAAAAAAAAAGAAAUGGAUAAAAAAGUGUCAGAUACACAAAAUGUUCUUCAGCAUUAUAAUUAUUGGAAAAGAAAAGUGAAAAUUUGAAUGAGAAAAUACAAUGUCAUGUCACAGUAUGUGUAAAAAUUACAAUCAUGGUUCUUUUAUAUUUCAAUAAAUCACACUAUAACCAAUUAA